CAACACACACACACACACACACACACACACACACACACACACACACACACACACACACACACACACACACAAACACGCACACGGUGGUCAAAACAGACGGAACCAACCAAUGUGCUGGAUCUUCGCCUCAAACCCAAACCACACUGUUCUGACCACCGGGCCUCCGUAAUGAUGGGGAAAGGGUGGAUGCUGUGUGUGCGUGUGUGUAUUUUUGUGCUUCUGUAUGUGUGUGUUUGAAAGUGAGAGUUUUUUUAUGAUGUGUGUAUGCAUGUGGAUGCAUGCUUGUGUGCAGCUGGGGUGUGUGUUCUCCUUCUCCCUCUCUUUCUGCACUUUUGCAUGCCUGUCACUGCCUUCUGUUGGAGUAUAGGGAAGCUUUGCAGUAGAGGAGCUCCAGAACAACAGGUUAACGCUAUUAAUACACAGGCGCUGGUCUCAUCAUGGCCCCCAAACUGAGCGUGCUGCUGCUGUUGCUGACCGUUGCCACGGUAACGGUGCUGGCCCAGAGGCGACGCCAGCCGUCGACGAGCGGCGCCACCUCCACCUCCACCACCACCAACGAUGAGUGGAACUACAGGGAUGGCUCUGAGAAGGUGAACAUGCGCGGCGUUGCAAACCUGACUCAGAUUCUGGACAACUGGAGGUUCGACAUCCUGACCCAGAUGAGAGGACUCCUGCAGGACGACCACCAGUCGCUGCUGCCGGACUACGCCAGGAUCCAGCCGCUGUCUGAAGCUCUAGACGAUCUCUACAAGGAGUUCAACGCCCUCAAAGCUCACCUGGGCGACCUGACCGAGAAGUUCGCCGCCAUAGAAACUUUCAUCGACGAGGUGAAGGCCAGCCGUGCCAACAACGCCAACACCGGACCGGCUUCGGGUCCGGCUCCGGCUCCGGGCUCCAUCCCCAGACAGACCGGGAGGAGGGUGAUGAAGAAGAAGGCGACCACUACAACCUCCUAAACAUCCAGAUGAGCUGCUUCCAUCCUGAUGUUUGCUUCUUCUCAUCGCUUUCUUAUAUCUCCGCUCAUCUCCUCCGAUUAGUACUCUCAGUUUUGUACCCUGGCAUCCUGGAUCGAAACACAACCAUCUAAAAUGAAUCAUACAGAGAAUUAAGUCAUUAGACAGUUGGUAUAAACAUGAGACAACAUGACAGUGUAAAUAUGCUGCUUUAUGUAUAAAAGAAAGGACACUAGUUUUUACAGGUUGGCCUGCGAGAACGUGACCUGUUAAAAACUCCAGAAACAUUUCCAGAGAUCUGAUCGGGAGGUUUCCUCUCUGAGUCUCGUCUCACAGCUGAGCGGUUCUGUUUGCUCUGAAUGCUUUUUGGGAUGAACUCGUUUGUUGGUUUGGGUCUUUUUUUUUCUUUUGCAUUUUAUUAGCAUCCAAAUAAACUCACUGUUGCAUUCAUAA